CCGUACGAUAACGGAAGGAACUGAGGAAGCCUUCUUGAUUCUUGCAAACAUAUAGAGAAAGAGAACAGGAAAUUGUUUUUGCCCUACCCAAAGAAAUUCUUCGAAAACCUCAACAUUGAUCUGUUCUUCGAUCAAGUUGGAUUAGACUCCAUGGUGCUAUAGUUUUGUUUUGUAUUGGAUUCGCAGAGAGAUGAAAGGGCUUUUGAAAUAUUUGCUGUGCUUCGUCCUCUUAAUUUCUGCUGUAUUAGGAGGUCCGUCGAGCUCAAACGCCUCCGUCUUCGAUCCAAAUCAGGAGGGUGCGAUUGUCUUAAGCCAUUCUUCUACCGACUCUCUAUUGCCCGUCAGACCUAAACAUGAUACGGCAUUAGUGGCUGCUCCAGAUGGCACAAUAUAUUUAGUGGAGGUGGGCUCAGGAGAAACCCUCUGGUCUUUUACAUCAGGCACAUCAAUCUAUUCUUCAUACCAAGCUCUUCAAGUUGAUCAACCUAAUGCCUCAGAACUGAGUGACAAGUUUUUAAUAGAUUGUGAUGGGGAACUCUACAAGCUCGGCAGUGGCUUUACCAAGAAACUCCCCCUGUGUGCUGAAAAAUUUAUCAGAAGUACACCAUACGUAUCGGCUGAUGGUGGAGUCAUGCUAGGAUCAAAGAAAACCUCUGUAUUCCUGGUUGAUGCCAAAUCUGGAGGAGUUGUUCGUACUUUUAAGUCAGAUGAGUUUCCUUCAGUUGGGGAUCACAGUAUUGAUGAGAAGUCUAUUUUAGCAAUGGAUAACAUUGAAGAAUGGACGGAGCCUAGUGCGUUCAACUUGGAUGCAGUUGACGAGCCACUCUACAUUAGAAGGACUGACUAUGCACUGAAGUAUUCUUCUUUAAAAACAGGAAAAGUUAUAUGGUAUCUAAUGUUUGCUGAUAUUGAAGCUUCUCCUCAAUGUCAUCUGAUUGAGGAUUCUUUCGGUGAAAUCUCUUCUAAAGGGGAUGAGUUUGGCCCAAAAUACAGGGUUGUUAAGCAAUUGCCACUGGAUUGUCAAACAACACCAGUUGUCUACCGGAUUCCUGAUUAUCACUCCUUAGACAAUCUUUUUGUUUCUGGUAGACUGCCAAGUGCUUAUCCUGGAGGCACAAUACCUCCUUUACCUGCUUCUGAUCUCAGUCCUAUUUUAGGGCCUGUUGACAAGUUACUAGGGGCUCAUCGUAGUGAUGAAGGGGAAACAUUGCUCGCUUUGCCCCCUUCCAAGACCAAAGACUCUGGGAUUUUGGGCCUGCCCAGUGGAGAUUCUGGUAAAAUGAAUAUGAGCUCUUAUCCUGAAACUAUGUCUAGAUCCCCUCGGUGGAUUCUUUUAGUUGUGCUUCUGCUGUCUGUUCUCGGUUGCAUUUGUUCCUUUAUUUAUUUAGCAGUGAAGAAAUGGGUUAAGUUGGAUAAUCAUGCUGAGGAUUUUAAGGUGCAGGUUGUGACGUCCAAAAAGAAGAAAUCACGGAAAUCGGGAAAUAAUAAGAGCAACACUACUAUUGAGAAAAUGCAGAAAAAUGUUUCCCAUGGGAUGCCGCUUACCUUUUCUGAUAGUGUUGACAGUCUCGUAGAUGGACGGAAGAUUGGAAAACUGUUUGUUUCCAACAAAGAAAUUGCUAAGGGGAGCAAUGGGACCAUUGUGCUUGAGGGAUUUUACGAUGGUCGUCCGGUAGCUGUUAAACGCCUUGUGCAAACUCAUCAUGAUGUGGCUUUGAAAGAGAUUCAGAAUCUUAUUGCAUCUGAUCAGCAUCCAAAUAUCGUCCGAUGGUAUGGAGUGGAGUAUGAUCAAGAUUUUGUUUAUCUUUCGUUGGAGCGCUGUACUUCUAGCUUACAUGAUUUGAUAGAUUACUACUCUCGUUCUUAUCAAAUUCAAAAAAUUUCCAAGGAUUUGGAUCUGAACUCUUUGAAUGAUUGCGCUGGUCAGUCAAAAUCCAUAACGAUAAACAAUAAGGAUUUUGAGUUGUGGAAGCCUGAUGGGUAUCCUUCUCCACAGUUGUUAAAAUUGAUGAGGGAUAUAGUUUCUGGGCUUGCCCAUUUGCAUGAACUUGGUAUUAUACAUCGGGACCUAAAGCCUCAAAAUGUUCUUGUAAUCAAGGAGAGGUUCAUAUGCGCCAAGCUUUCAGAUAUGGGUAUCAGCAAACGCCUUGCUGAGGACAUGUCUUCAUUGACCAAACAUGCUACUGGUUUCGGAAGUUCAGGGUGGCAAGCACCUGAACAACUUCUUCACGAACGCCAGACGCGAGCCGUGGAUUUGUUUAGUCUAGGAUGCCUUCUCUUUUUCUGUAUAACUGGUGGAAAACACCCAUUUGGUGGCAGUCUUGAGCGUGAUGUAAAUAUAGUGAAAAACCACAAAGACCUUUUCUUGAUAGAGAAUAAUCCAGAAGCUAUGGAUCUCAUCUCUCGUCUCCUAGAUCCCAAACCUGACUUGAGGCCAAAGGCUGAGGAAGUAUUGCCUCAUCCUUUCUUUUGGAACUCUGAGAUGCGACUCUCAUUUCUUCGAGAUGCUAGUGAUCGAGUAGAAGUGGAAGAUAGGGAAAAUGAUUCAGAGAUCCUGCAAGCAUUGGAAAGUAUUGGAACAACGGCUUUGGGUGGUAAAUGGAAUGAAAAGAUGGAUAUUGCGUUUAUUAAUGACAUUGGCCGUUACCGGCGUUAUAAGUUUGAUAGUGUUCGCGACUUUUUACGAGUGAUAAGGAACAAGUUAAAUCACUACAGAGAACUUCCAAGAGAAAUUCAGGGAAUUUUAGGGCAGGUUCCUGAAGGAUUUGAGAGCUAUUUCUCAAGCCGAUUUCCCAAACUUCUUAUUGAAGUUUAUAAAGUAUUUCACCAGUAUUGUGCAGAGGAAGAAUCAUUGCGUAAGUACUUCAGAAGUAAUUAAAAUCGACCUUUUUUCCCUGUAACUGUUGUCCGUGGAACAACUUAUGUUUAUUAUGUAAAUACUAGUGUUCCAUAUUGAAUUGUAAAUUGAUAGGCAUGCAAAUGUUUCAUUAAUAAUUUCCGUAAGCCAUGGAUAUAUAUAUAUAUAUAUAUA